UUCUUAUUCACUAAAAUUUUUUUAACUUUUAAGGUACACCCUCUCAACGAUUUAAUAUAUUGCUGAGCACUGGAAGUGCCGAUUUCUUUGUACCUGCUUUUAACAUCACUACAAGCAAGCCUAAAUUCUUUCCUACAAGAUCUUCAACUUUCUCUUCCCCAAAACCUCAAAAAUAUUUGAACUUUCCUGAUAUACGAGGAGAGGUUCAAGGAAUUGUUGGUAUUGAUACGAUUGAGAGUAUCCUUAUGAUAAAAAUUAUAAUAGAUAAAAUUUUUACUUUUAAGUUUGCUGGAUUGAAGCAACCCAAAUUAGAAUUUAGCAUGGCAGAUUUAAUUGAUAAACAAACACUUGCCGAUCCUUAUGAUGGAAUUAUGGGGCUUAGUUUUGCUAAACUUAGCAAAGCGGAAUCAAAAAAUCCAGUUCUUGCUGCCAUUGAUAAUAGUAUGUAUUAG